UGGAACAUCACAGGCCUGGACUGGAGCCAGCUCAGUAAGAAGGAGUGUGUGAAGUACGGAGGCUCUCUGGUGGGCAACACCUGUAAGUACGUCCCUGACCUGGCCCUCAUGUCCUUCAUCCUGUUCUUCGGGACCUACUCCAUGACCGUCUCCCUCAAGAAGUUCAAGUUUAGCCGCUACUUUCCUACCAAGGUGAGACUAGAACGAAUUGAAGAGGAGCUAGAUGUUUAUACAGUGACAUACAGACUGAAUCGCAAAUGGCAGCCUGAUGCAGCCACAGUUUCAUAUUUUUCAAGACAAAGAUUAUCUAUUUAAAACUCUUGAGGCAGAUAUGAUUAGGUGUAAUCUGUGGUGAUUUGGUGUAAUCUCUAUGGAGAUAUGGUGUAAAUAAGAGCAAUGACCGAAACAUGUUUAGAUCUAAACUUUUGUAUACAAUUGUCUCCCCAAACUCCUCAAUGUACGUACUGGAUCCCCUGGUAUCCUGAAACUGCAUGUUCCUAACAGACAGGAAUAUUCUAUUUCACCUAUAUUACAGCUGAAUACAAUUUCAAUGCGUUGUGUUGAGAUGUGUUUGUGUCUCUGCAUUUGAAGAGUUUCAUUCCAAAACGCUAUAUAUCCAUUUUCAGACAUGUUGGUAAAUUAACUUUUAUUGUUUGAAGAAAUUAUCAAAGAGAUUGGUGUGUUUUUUCACUAUCUAAUCAUGGCAUGGGGCUAUCCAAUGACAGAUAUUUAAAAAAAAUUACUUGAUGGUUUCAUUUCAGAGAGACAAAUAUGGUUUUUUUUGCUAAAUGCAAUAUAUCUGCCUCUCUCAGAGAAAUAAGUAGUACUGCUAGGUUUUACAGUCAAAUGUAGCAAAUAACUACAUUUUUUCAAUAUUUAUAUAUAUAAAAAAAAAAUCAAUACUGUAAUAUGAGAUCUGUAUGUAAAACUAUUACAUUUGACGUUUUAGUCAUUUAGCCGAUGCUGUUAUCCAGAGAGACAGUUAGUGCAUUCAUCUUAAGAUAGCUAUGUGAGACAACUACAUAUCACAGUCGAAUAUACAGGAUACGAACAUUCCAUUCCAGCUAAACAAUGGAUAUAUAGCGUUUUGCAAAAAAACAUAUUUUCAUACACAUCUAAAAUCUAUGAAUUGAGAACAGAAAUAUUUGACACACAUGAAGGUAAACAAUCAUUUCUGAUGAAAAAACACAAAUGUGAAAAAUGUGUGGAUAUAGUGUUUUGGAAAUUUCUUUUUCUUAGAGAGGUUAUUUAUGUUUCUCACUAGACUUAUAUUGUAUUUUUUUCAUAUGCUUUGUUCUGUCUGUGUCUCUGUCCUUGUCUCUGUCUAUUGUGUCCGUCUGUGUUUCUGUCUGUUGCUCUGUCUGUGGCUUCUGUAAACAGCUGCGGAAGCUCAUCAGUGACUUCUCCAUCUUCAUGGCCAUUAUGACCUUCGUGGGUCUGGACAGGUUAAUCGGGCUCAAAACUCCCAAGCUCAUCGUUCCCACAGAGUUUAAGGUAAAGGAACGGGUUCAAAAUAGCCACUCUUUUUAUUAGUUAUGUUCCUGACCAUACCCUGGGCGUAAACCUAAUAUUGAAACAGUUGUGUAUCAUUAUACAUGUCUGUUUUUGUCCUUUAAUCAAUGAAUGGUCACUCGGACACUGUCCCUUACUGACUCCCUUUAGCCCACACGUCCAGACCGGGGUUGGAUAGUGCUGCCGUUUGGGAAGAACCCAUGGUGGGUGUAUUUGGCCAGCUUCGUCCCUGCUCUCCUGGUCACCAUCCUCAUCUUCAUGGACCAGCAAAUCAGUGCUGUCAUUGUCAACCGGAAGGAGAACAAACUGAGGGUACUUUGAGGGAUGUUUUUAUUUAUUUAUUUAACAUGUAUUUAUUGGGGAAGUCCCAUUGAAGGCAUACCUGGAUGUGCUCUAUUAUAUACACAGCCAACUCUGUUAUAGUGAAGACAUUGAUAGCAAGUUUAACCUCAGCUUUUGGAGAUCACAAUCGGCAUCACACAUGUUGUUUGCCAUAAUCUCGGUUAACCCAGAACUAAAAUGUUGUGGAAUUUGGUCAGAAUCUGUCCAUGAGAGAUGAUAUUUGCCACAAUGAGCAAUUUAUAUUGUAGAUAAGAGAUGUACUCGUAGGGGUAAAAUAUAGGUCCUAGAACCUUAAUUGGGCUUUGGUGUCAUGUUGGGGCCUACAUAAUGCAUAGGACAAUUACUUCAAUGACAUCCCCCAGUGUGAGUUCGUCCUACUCCGCUCUGUGUGUCCCUCCACCUGUGUGUCCCUCCACCUGUGUGUCCCUCCCUGGCAGAAAGGGUGUGGCUACCACCUGGACCUGUUCUGGGUGGGGGUGCUGAUGGCUGUCUGCUCCUUCUUGGGCCUGCCCUGGUACGUGGCCGCCACUGUCAUCUCCAUCGCCCACAUCGACUCACUGAAGAUGGAAAGUGAGUCCAGCGCCCCUGGGGAGCAGCCCCAGUUCCUGGGUGUCAGGUGAGGGAGCAUUGAGCAGUAACCAUAGAAUGUGACUAUGGAGGAUGUACAGUGCCUUGCCAAAGUAUUCAUCCCCCUUGGCGUUUCUCCUAUUUUGUUGCAUUACAACCUGUAAUUUAAAUUGAUUUUUAUUUGGAUUUCAUGUAAUGGACAUACACAAAAUAGUCCAAAUUGGUGAAGUGAAAUGGAAAAACUAACUUGUUUAAAAAAAUUAUACAAAAUGUAUAAUGAAAAAAUGGUGCGUGCAUGUGCAUUGCUAUGAAGUCCCUAAAUAAGUUCUGGUGCAACCAAUUACCUUCAGAAGUCACAUAAUUAGUUAAAUAAAGUCCACCUGUGUGCAAUCUAAGUGCCACAUGAUCUCAGUAUAUAUACACUUGUUCUGAAAGGCCCCAGAGUCUGCAACAACACUAAGCAAGGGGCACCAACAAGCAAGCGGCACCAUGAAGACCAAGGAGCUCUCCAAACAGGUCAGGGACAAAGUUGUGGAGAAGUACAGAUCAGGGUUGGGUUAUAAAAAAAUAUCCGAAACUUUGAACAUCCCACAGAGCACCAUUAAAUCCAUUAUUAAAAAAUGGAAAGAAUAUGGCACCACAACAAACCUGCCAAGAGAGGGCCGCCCACCAAAACUCACAGACCAGGCAAGGAGGCAUUAAUCAGAGAGGCAACAAAGAGACCAAAGAUAACCCUGAAGGAGCUGCAAAGUUCCACAGCGGAGAUAGGAGUAUCUGUCCAUAGGACCACUUUAAGUCGUACACUCCACAGAGCUGGGCUUUACGGAAGAGUGGCCAGAAAAAAGCCAUUGCUUAAAGAAAUAAAUAAGCAAACACAUUUGGUGUUCGCCAAAAGGCAUGUGGGAGACUCCCCAAACAUAUGGAAGAAGGUACUCUGAUCAGAUGAGACUAAAACUGAGCUUUUUGGCCAUCAAGGAAAACGCUAUGUCUGGUGCAAACCCAACACCUCUCAUCACCCCGAGAACACCAACCCCACAGUGAAGUGUGGUGGUGGCAGCAUCAUGAUGUGGGGAUGUUUUUCAUCGGCAGGGACUGGGAAACUGGUCAGAAUUGAAGGAAUGAUUGAUGGCGCUAAAUACAGGGAAAUUCUUGAGGGAAACCUGUUUCAGUCUUCCAGAGAUUUGAGACUAGGACGGAGGUUCACCUUCCAGCAGGACAAUGACCCUAAGCAUACUGCUAAAGCAACACUCGAGUGGUUUAAGGGGAAACAUUUAAAUGUCUUGGAAUGGCCUAGUCAAAGUCCAGACCUCAAUCCAAUUGUGAAUCUGUGGUAUGACUUAAAGAUUGCUGUACACCAGCGGAACCCAUCCAACUUGAAUGACCUGGAGCAGUUUUGCCUUGAAGAAUGGGCAAAAAUCCCAGUGGCUAGAUGUGCCAAGCUUAUAGAGACAUACCCCAAGAGACUUGCAGCUUUAAUUGCUGCAAAAUGUGGCUCUACAAAGUAUUGACUUUGGGGGGGGUGAAUAGUUUCACAAAAAAAAGUAUUUUGCAUCUUCAAAGUGGUUGGCAUGUUGUGUAAAUCAAAUGAUACAAACCCCCCCAAAAAUCCAUUUUAAUUCCUGGUUGUAAGGCAACAAAAUAGGAAAAUGCCAAGGGGAGUGAAUACUUUCGCAAGCCACUGUACAGGACAGUAUAGUCCAGGCAGGGCUUGUCUCUUGUCUGCUGUCUAUUACAAACGGAAAGGUUUGCUGGUAGUCAUCCUCUCUCUCUCUCUUUCUCUCUCACCCGCUCUUUCUCUAAUGAACAGGGAGCAGAGACUGACAGGGAUUCUAGUGUUUGUUCUCACUGGAGUCUCCAUCUUCCUGGCUCCCAUUCUACAGGUCAGUAAAAUAUAUUAAUUUCCUCUGACCUAAACAAGGAUUUUGGAUGAAUAAUAACAGUGGCUGCGCCCCAAAUGGCACCCUAUUCCCUAUGGGCGCUGGUCAAAAGUAGUGCACUGAAUAGUAGUGCACUUGCCAUUUGGGGUGCAAUCAGUGUGUUUUCUAUACCACCACAUGCCAUUAAAGGGGUUCAACAUGAUAAUGUGCUGAUGUUGUCUAUGUGUUUAACAUGUGUGUUCGCCCUCUCUUCCACAGUUCAUACCCAUGCCAGUACUUUACGGUGUGUUUCUCUACAUGGGCGUGGCAUCUCUUAGCGGCAUUCAGGUUUGUAUAGACCAGAAAACAAAGUAGACAGCCAGUGGUUGUGUCAAUUGAAAGUCUCAUGGUAUGCGGUUCCUCCUCUGACAUGAAUUCAAAUCUCCAAAUUAAGAUACAUUCUCUGUGAUGUCGUUCUUUUCCUUAUCAGAAACCGUGUGUCUGGAGGGAAGGUGACUGUAUUCUAGCAGCGUCUAAAGCAGCAAUUUGGAGAUGCAUUUUGAUGAGGGUGUUAGGUAGGCUGCUCAGAGCAGAGCUAGGAGAUCAGGGAAGGCUCAGUGAGUGUUUGUGUGUGUGGGUGCUGUUUGACUGCACCCUGCCAAUCAAAGGGAAAUGUCACAGACGAAAGAGUAAAAUGUCAACAGCAAGGUGAACAAACAUUAGACAGGGUCCAUGAAAGUAUAAAUGGAAAAUGUCACAAGCCUAUUGUCCACAAUCCAUAAACAAUUGUGUGUGUCUCAGUUGGUAGAGCAUGGAGUUUGCAAUGCUAGGGUUGUUGUCCUGCUGCGAUUACCCAUAUGAAAAUGUAUACACACAUUACUGUAAGUCACUUUGGAUAAGUGUCUGCUAAAUUGCAUAUAUUCUAUAGAUAAAACCUCGGAAAUGGGAAUAACGCAGGCAGUGAUGAGUGUGUGUUCUCAUUGUCACUCCCCUGUAGUUCUGGGAGAGGAUCAAGUUGUACAUGAUGCCGUCCAAGUACCAGCCAGACUUCCCUUUCCUGCGUCACGUGCCUCUGAGGAGGGUCCACCUCUUCACCCUGGUCCAGAUCAUCUGUCUGGCUGUCCUCUGGGUGCUCAAGUCCACCGUCCUGGCCAUCCUCUUCCCUGUCAUGGUAUUAUUCAUUACUCGCUUUUGAUUGGAACAAGCAUUAAUACAGGGCUGUCAAACCCAUUCCAUGGAGGACUGAAUGUCUGCUGUUUUUGUUCUUUCCUUUCAAUUUGUGUCCAAUUAAGACCUAGACAACCAGCUGAGGGGAGUUGUUACUAAUAAAUUAGCUUAACUGAUCAAUCAAGUACAGUACAUGGGAGGAGCAAAACCUGCAGACACUCGCCCCUCAAUGGAAUGAGUAUGACACCCCUGCAUUAAUGCAUAAAAAAAGAUGGUCAGCUCUCACAAGCUAAAGUUUUACUUAGAUUUAUAACCAGCAAUCACAACGGACAUACAUUCGGCUAUACAUUCAAGCACCCAUCAACAUACAAAUGACCUGUGAUGUAAAUGCUGGUUACUUAUGAAGAGUUUAACUUCUUUCCUGUUGAUGUUAUUUUCUUGUCAUGGAAGUUAUGUAAGAAAGGAUCAUGUGCUUGUGUGGUUAACAGAUCCUGGGGUUGCUGGUGGUGCGUAAGAUGCUGGACAUGGUGUUCUCUCAACACGACCUGGCCUGGAUAGAUGAUAUCCUGCCCGGGAAAGACAAGAAGAAGGAUAAGAAGAAGAAGGGCGUUAAAGAUGACACGAAGAAGAAAGACAAGAAGAAAGUGAGAGCAGACGACAGCAAAGAUGAGGUGAGAAACGUUAAGUUUUACUGCCACCAACUGGUUGGCUUAGAGAAAAAGAAACCUUGCUAAAUAAUGUAUUUCUGAUGGCUGUGUUUUGUGUGUGUGCUUGUGUGUGUUUGCAUGCAGGAGAAGUACCACGCUUACUCCAACUGCUCGUCCAGGUCUGAGUCUGACGUGGACCGCAGGUAUUGUGUGCUUAAACUACACGUCCCCUACAGAGACCUCCUUCAGCCCGCUGACGCCCAGUCACAGUGGGCCGCUCACUGCCAGCCAGGCAAAUACUUCCCCUGA